GCUCUGGAGCUGGCAGCACCUAACGGAAUCCAAGGAUUAUCUGACGGAUACUCCAACAACUGGGACUUGUAAAAUAGACCCAGUAACAACUCCCCCCCUCCUUGGGAUUUUCCCCUCUCUCCCCUCUGACUGUGGCGAUAGACAAACAUGUGAGGUUGGGAAUAAAUCAUGUACUCAGAAGAAGGACCAGCACCCAGCCAGGAGGAUGACUCCUCAACAGAAGGCUAAUCUGCCCAAGGGACAGAGCGAAGAAGACCCAAGAGUGUGGAUGCAGGAGUGGGGGAAGAAAAUGAAGCCCAUAGUCCAAAGGAGACGCUCCACCUCUUCUGCCAUUAGCAAAGCUCUCAACAAGUCCAAAUCCCAUUCCAGGGAAAUUACUCUUUCCUCAUCGCACCCAGACAAUGGGCUACCAACCGGAGCUUUUAGUAACCCAAAUUCUGUUUUCAUCUUGGAUGAGAGGGUACAACUUACCAUGGGACUGCAGACCCAGGAGAGACAUUUGUUCCUCUUCAGUGACAUGCUGGUCAUUGCCAAGUCCAAGUCCUCCUCCAGCUUGAAGCUGAAGAAGCAGGUGCGCCUGAGUGAAGUAUGGACAGGUUCUUGUCUCAAUGAAGUGUCCGAGAAAAAGAUGAGCCCUGAGAAUUCAUUUGUCAUUGGCUGGCCUACCACCAACUCUGUUGUCUCCUUCAGCUCAUCCGAAGAGAAGGAGCGCUGGCUCUCAACAUUACUGUGGCAAAUCAAUGAGAUGAAACAGAAUGAAUAUCCAAAAAACCUACCGGUCCAAAUCCUCCUUCUGGAUGCUGACAACUGUACUUCUACCACUACAAUAAAUGUGUCCAACACAGAAACGGCAGACAAUGUGAUCAAGAAGACAGCUAAUCAGCUUGGACUUCCUGGUAGACCAAGUGACUACCACCUCUGGGUGAUAUCAGGAAAGGAUGACCCUGCUUAUCCCCUUAUUGGUCAUGAGCAUCCUUUCAGCAUCAUACUGAGCUGCCUCCGAGACUCUGUUGACCAGCACCAAGGAACCAACAACAACACACUCCUAGCUGAUGGGACGGAGGCUACCAUCCUAGAUCAGCUUCCCAAGGACAGGCAGUGUCAGUUCAUCCUGAAACCCAGACCCCAAGCUCCAAGGCAGCUGAGGAGAGAAUCCUUGCAGAAACAUACCAAGAGGAAGAAAUCUUUGAUUGACUGGGCUUUGCGCCGGACUGCCAGCACCCCCACGGGCAGCCCAGCAUCACAUUCUCCCCCCACCCCACGGAAACUCUUCGGCCUGUCUUUGUCCUCUGUGUGUCCUGAUGGAAUCCUCCCCAAGCCUAUUAUGGACAUGCUGCUUCUGCUGUACCAUGAAGGUCCCUCCACAAGGGGCAUUUUCAGGCGCUCCGCCAAUGCCAAGAUCUGCAAGGAACUGAAAGAGAAAUUGAACUCUGGAGAUGAUGUUCAGAUGGAUGGCGAGUCAGUCUUUGUAGCUGCAGCAGUCAUCACUGAUUUUCUACGAAAUAUACCUGAUAGUGUUCUAUCCUCAGACAUGCACGGGCUGUGGAUGGAAGCCGUGGACACACUAAAUCGAGGGCAUAAGAUUGAAGCCAUCAAAAGUUUGGUGAAGCAGCUCCCAGAAGCCAACCUCAUUUUACUCAGACACCUGUUUGGAGUCCUGCAUCAUAUUGAGCAGAAUUCAGGGGAGAAUCAGAUGAAUGCAUUUAACCUGGCUCUUUGCAUAGCUCCCAACAUGCUAUGGCUUCCUAGCCCCACUGGGCCUGAAGAGGAAAGCAGGUCUACAAAAAAGGUGGCCAUGUUAGUGCAGUUCCUGAUUGAAAACUCAGCAGAAAUUUUUGGAGGUGACAUCACUUCGCUGUUUCAAAGACCAGACAAAGAAAAGUCAAAAAGCUCCGAGGAUUUCCUGGGUAUUGGCAUGGCUCAGCACAACGAUUCCUCUGAUGAGAUGGAGUUUGCUGCCUGUGACCAGGAAAGACCAAAGCAUUAUCGCGUGCCUGAAGCCGUCUCCAUGUUUGACCCGUCCAGUGGUUUGUUACUUGAAGAGGAGCAGGAAGACUGGGAUCUGUUUAGUGAGAUCACUGCCUGCUACCAAAGCAAAACCAGGAAGAAUGCCAGCGCAGACAGCUAUGACCUCCUAGAGGAAGAGGGCUCCUUCUGCUCCAUUGACUCGAUACGUUCACUGAGUCCUGCGAGGGAUCGGUGCUCUUCUGAGCCCAGUGUCUGCCUCAGCUCUCAGCUCCCCGCCCAGUGCCAUGAGCCGGUGGCCCGCCAGUCCAGCUGUGAUGCCACCAUCAUGCAUAGUCACAAUGAUUACAUCCAGAGGCUCAAGCAGCUGCAGCUGGAGAGCCAGAAGCUGAUUGAUGAAGGCCUGAGCCCUGGGCUGAAUAAGACCAGGCAGAAUUUCUGGCAAUCACCUCAGAGCAGCUCUAGGGUGAAGAAGCUCAGCCUUCAGAAAACCAGCCUGUCCAACAGGUCCAGCUUCUCCAGCCUUUCCUCGACCACCACUUCCCCUUCAGCCUCCUCACUAAGCUCCUUAGACAGUGCUUUCUCCUACUGCUCUGAGUCCUCAGCCUUCAGCCCCACAGAUGUCUCCUCCCUGCCUUUCAUGUUUGGCACUUCCACCCGACUCCAUGCUUUGUCUCCAAAGACAGCACAGAGGUCCCUGAAAGAAUGGAAAAAGCCCUUGACAUCUCCUUUGCCCUUGAACCCUUGUGACUUGGACUCAUGGAGCAAGUAUGAGCAGAGGGACAUGGGGAGCAGUCAUAGCAUUGGGGAAGUGAAGGGCUUUGUGCCCAUCAAUGGGGCAGCCAUGGGAAGCCUGUUAAAUGAGAGUGACUGGGAGGACGAGGAAAGACAAGUGAGAUGUGCCAGGGGCUCUGGACAAGCUCUCAGAAAACAAUGUUAUUUCAAGGAGUCUGAAUGUAAAACAGACCCCCCCACUCAUAUCCCAACCAAUGAGAGCUCAUCAGCGAUUGGCCAGCAAGGGCCCAGGGAGAAAUCAGUUAAGCACAUUGAGAUAAAAGGCCCAGAGGUUUCCCCUCCCAGGCAGGAAAGCCUGAAGCGCACCAAGAUAACCUUUUACAUGGCCCCAAAUAAAGGAAGCCCACAGGGGUCUCCAAUGGAACAGGAGGAUGAGGGUUUCUCAGUGAACGUCCAUAGCACCAAAUCAAACAGCAGCAGUGACCAAAACACGUCCAAGAGCCAACAAACAGUAAGAGUCCAUAUACCCCAGACAGUGUUCUAUGGGCAGAACACCCCUUUGGUGCUGCAGUCUGUCUCCAGGAGAUACCAUCACGAAGCAACGAGCCAGCGGCUGCAGGUGGAGUGCAAAGAGACUCCCCAAAGCAUUCCCCCUGCAGAGGGGCUGACGGACGAUGCUCAGCAUGUGGCAUCUGCCAAAAGCCACAGGAAGAGCGUCAAUGCCUUCAGCCACACCAUCCGCAUCAUCCUCCCGGCCUCCAUCCGCAACACCGUCAGGGAAUACUUCAAGCAUGAUGAGGCUAAGAACUGCCAUGCAGCGGAUGCAGAAGCUGUGGAGAGCGAACUCAUCCGGGGCAGGGUGGAGUGGCUCAAAAGCCAACCACACACGGAUGCAUCUCCAGAGGAGUGCAAGACAGUGGCAUUUGCAGAAGAGACAUUUGUCUAGGAGAGGAGAGAGUGGGAACUAUGACUGUUUUUUAUACAGCGUGCUGGGAAAAUGUUCUGUAAGAUACGAUCAAGGUGUGAAGAAUCUAACAGACUGUGUGGGUCAAUAAGUGUGAAGUGAUGCUAACGUGUAAUUAAUGUUUGGGUUUGGGUUUUUUUUUAUUCUUUGCUACCUUUUUUCUACAAAAGGUACUUAACUGACCAGUGCCCAGUGGGCUGAAUCCUCCCCUAGAGUUUUAAAUUAACUGAAUUGUACAGACACCUUCAUCUGAAUUUCAAGCUCUCCUGAUUGUUUUGCCUCAAGUCAUAGGGGUGUGUGGGUGAGUGGAGGGGAUUGGACAGUGAAUUUAUCUUACAUUUCAUAAAAAAAUCAUGGUGGAUCCUUGACAGUGGAGCAAAGCUUUGAGUCACCCUGCAAAUUUUUUAAGUUUGUACAAAACUCCACAAUGUUGUUAAUUUUUUGUCACCAAUGUUUAUUGAAAUCCAAAGUAUGAUGCUUCACCCCUAACUCAAAAUGCACAGCUAGUUCUUCUUUCUCUAACCUUCUUGUCCCCCCAUAGUUUGGCUUAAAAUUGAAGGGUUUUCUUUGUUGAUUGAGGCUGAGAUUUCAAAGGCACCUAAGGGAGUCAGUUGCCCAAUUCCCAUUGAAUUAAAGGAUUAGGCACCUUGAAAAUUGCAAUGUUAAUCUGCUAUCGUGCAUCCACUUUCUCUUCUUCUGGCUUCGCCCAGCAAGUAUUUGGUGCAGAUCCUCAGCUCGUGUAAAUGGUUGUGGCUCCACUGUCUUCAAUGGAACUACAGUAGAACCUCAGAGUUAUGAACAUCUGGGGAAUGGAGGUUGUUCGUAA